AUAAAGAUAGUGGUCCAAGGACAACAAAUGACGUGAAGCUUAUUAAUGCUGGAAGGAUUCUUGAAAAUAGUAGAACUCUCGGUGAAUCCAGACUUCCCGUUGCUGAAGUUCCAGGAGGUGUCAUCACUAUGCAUGUUGUUGUACGGCCUCCCAUUCAUGACAAAAACAAUGAUAAGCUGAAGGAGGAUUCUCCUACAAAAGGAGGGUGUGCAUGUACAAUCUUGUAAUUCACCUGACCCAGUAAUGGAAUUGUUCCACUUUGGUUAUAUAUAUUUCGUGGCUCUAUAUAUUUUUCAGUAGGCGAGUCUUUUGGAUGCAUUAACAAGUAUCCUAAAAGUAAAAGUGAAAAAGAAAAAGAUAUAAAAAGAUUUAGAAUGGAGGGAUACCAUGUAGUCUCUUGAUAUACGAAGUUGAUGCACUACUUUUAGGACCUUUGUGUAAAGAAUGUAAUUGUUCGUUUUUAAAGAUGUUUCAAGCGGUGGUAGUGGUGGUGGAGUACUAAAGAAGAGGGACUCGGGGAAAGAGAAGAAGAAACAUAAGCAAUAGAAAAUCUAUAAAACAGAUUAUAGUUUUGUUUUGUUUUGUUUUAUUUCAUUUAGUUUGGGAUUUUAUGGUGUUAUCAUAAAGGAUUUCCAAGUUUCGCAAAGGAACGGUUCACAGAUCAAAUGUACUCAGAAAUCUGGCUGCACUUUGCCUUAGUGAUGCAUCAAGUCGAGCACAUCAGUAUAAAUUGUUUCAGUUAUAUCUCCUAUGUUGGAUAUGAAUUUCCUUCUCACACUGAAGUCUUAAGAAACAAGCUUGCCCUUAUUCUUACAACAAUUGACAUGUGAAACAUGUGUUCUCUCUUUGUCUC